UUGUCACCAUCACUGACUUUCGAUAUAGGAUGCCACUUCUACUCUCUGAAUGUCACAUUUAUUGAUGGAUUCAGGUCAUUUAUCAGCUCAGAAGAAACAUGCUACGGCUACACAUCUGCGAGCUUUAUCAUUUUGUACAUGAUAGGAGGUAUACUAGUGCUGGUUGCNUACUUGCAGGCUAUAUUCCUUAAGGGGAAGGGGGAGAGGACUCGAUAUCAGACCUGA